AUACAUGACAAGGACAUUGUAGCCAUUCUGCAUCUGCUGGUUGCCUUGGCACGUCAUUUUGAGUGUUCACAGAAACUGCCCAGUGGAGUUACAAUAAACACAGUCAUUGUGCAGAAGAAAGGAGGCAUUCUACUUCCUCAGAAGGUUGUUCAGGAGAUAACCGAAGUGACUGAAGGAGAAGAGUAAGUAGCGUGAGCGUCAAGAGCCAUUAUUGCUUAGAAUGUCAGAUACAACUGUUGAUGUCUUGUGUUAAAGUGUAAAGUCUUGCUAGGUUUUUUUGAGGCCCUUUUAUACUUAAGGGGUAUAACGUAUGUAACCUUAGUCUGAAUUUCAAAACCAUUUGUUUCAUAUCUUGCAAAGGAAGCCGUGUCCCUGUUGAUAUUAAUUUUUGUAUAUUGUAUGUGCAUAUUUUUUAGCGCUGUUGCAGUUUUAACACAUCUUUUUGUCAUUUGUCAAAAUUUCUUCUUUCUUAUGUCGCUGUCUCAAGGCCAUGUUGCUUGUUGAAAUUUUACCCUAAUUUUAAUGAAUGACAGUGACCAUUUUUAUGACCCUUAAAUCACAGAAUUUAACUCUCAUUUUUCGUUUUCAGUGAUGAAGGAAAGCCUGGUAUGUCGUUGCAAUUCUUUCUAAACUUUUUUCAUGGUUGUGGCUGUUUUCCUUUAACUUUUUGUCUAGUCAGUCAUUUAUAUAUCGGCUCAGUUUUUUUCUUUUCAUUUCUAGAAAGAGAUGCUUUUGAUGCACUGUUUGAUAAUGCACCAGAGAAGCUAAAUGUGGUUAAAAAGGUAUAUGCAAUUUAAUUUUUGUGAAAUUAUGGCAGCCCCUAAAGUACUUUACAAUAAGGUACAUCAAGUAAUUGCCACAGAUUUGCCUCAGUCAAAGCCCAUCUAUCUGAUCUGAAAACUGUUAAUUAUUUAAAGAGAUCCAAGACAGAUGAAGUGUUUUGCAAUAGGCUGUUUUACAAUAUGACGUCAUUUUAUGAACCACAAUGCCUCAGUGUUUUGCUUUCUUGUGCAAAUUAGGGCUUUUAUUGUUUUAAACCUCACUGGGAUUUUCAAUUAUAAAUAUGAAAGGAAAAUGAAAUAGAGUCUGGUAUUAGUAACAGUAAAACGACACUGUUGUGCAAGCUGUGGCCAAUUCUGUGAGAAAAUUGUAAGACAUUCCAAAAAAGUAUAAUAUUAUGGUAAUUACCGACAGCUGAUUGAUUGAUUGAUUGAUUUGCAGUCUCUGCAGAGUUUUGUUAACAAGCAUCUAAGCAAGUUAAGCCUAGAGGUUGACAAUAUUGACUCACAGGUAUUAAUGAAGUACAGGGUUAUUAUGAAAUGGGAAUUUUGCCCCAGCUACCAGAAUGAAUAUGACCUCUGGCUUCUUUUGUAGGAAAAUAGUUCCAAUAAAAAUCCUUAGCUGUUUGUUCCUGCCUACGUGUUUUGUUCAGCCAGCAACUUGAAAUCUUAGAGAUAUUCCUGGAACUAGACAAGACACACCAUUUAACAUCACCAUUUUUAAGCAACUUCUAAAUCAUCCUUAUGGUAUUUUAAAUUGUUCAUACAAUCAACAUAAAGGUGGUGAGAAUGAUCAGAACUACAUAUAAAUCAUGAAAAUAAAAGGUCUUAACACUAUGUAACACCCUGUAACACAGUGUAUCUUUAAAAAAAAUUUUCCUGUUACUUACAGUGUAUACAGUGUACCAAUAUUGAAAGAUGUAGAGAAAGAAAGUCUGUAACAGUUAUGUUCGUAUAGGAUUAUUUUUUGAAGAAGUGGGGUAGUGGAUCCAUGGGAUAUGGGGGAGGGGGGGGGGGGGGGGCUACUUUAGAGCAAUCAUGAAAAUUUAUCAUGACAUUGUGGGGGCUCACUACAUAGACUUUGGGGGUUUUCACUUUUGGAACUUUAGGAUAUACAUACUUUAGUAAUAAAAGGAACUGCUGCCCUUUAAAUAGAUUAUUGAUAAAUUAAAAUUGUUCAUUUUUUUGUUGCCUUAGUUCCAUGAUGGUGUUUACCUUAUCUUUUUGCUGGGGUUUCUUGGUACCACUGUACCAGUAUUACAUCACACCAGCAAACAAAGAUCAAAAGGUAUGCUGCAGUUAAUAGUUUAAUAGAAGUAGCGAUCGCGUUUACUCCAUCUAGUGCAGUUCGUCAAAUGUUGGCAAAUUAUUCUGGAGUUGAAUUCUAAAGGAUUGUUUCAAAGUACAGGAAAAGAAAAAGAACGUGGUUGUCGUGUGUGCCCGUCCUCCACAAAACGUGAAAUUAGGCGCUUUCACUUCGUAGUCGUGCAGUGACGGCAGUGGCAUAUACAAAAAGCUUGAUGCAUGUGCAAAGUUGUUGUUUUGCUUAUGAAACCUAUGCUUUUUUGCCGUUCUCGCUGCUGUCGCCGUCGUCUUUGCUUAAGCUCCAUAUUACCUUCUCGAUAAAACGUGAAACGAGGCAAUAGUCGAAAAAGAAAAAAAAAUGUACCAAAAAGUAUGCUGCACGUGCAAAGUUCUUCUUUUGCUAAUAUAAACUUACUGCUUUUUUGACAUUCUCGUUGCGGUCGCCAUCUGCCUAAAGAUACGAAGCCUUUACAACAUCCCUGUUGUUUGAACUCGCUCAUUACUGGUGUUUUCAUUUUUCAAAACAGCUCCAUAAUGUUGCUUUAGCUAUUGACCUCAUGAGAGACAGUGGAAUGAAGUUUCAUGCCAAACCUGAAGGUAAAAAGUAAAUGAAAAGGAAAUUUAAAGGUGAAAAGCUAUAUCUCUAAGAGAAGAUAAUUCUCGGCUCAUAAUCUUGGUCGGUUCUUCGGCGCGGAGGGGGGAAACUUGAAAAUGGUAUAUAAAAGGGUACGGGGUUGAACCUCGGGGCGGAGCCUUCCCGCAUAAAUCUUUGUUGAGUACCCCCCGGGUCUAAAAAACCUCGGUUUAACGUGUGCUAAACCACUGUAAUUAUUACGAGAUUAAGCGGGGAGGGUGACCCCCAAACAGUGUCCCCCCCCACUUAUUCCCUCCAAGUAUUCAGUCCCUUUUAACAUCGUGUGGGAGCGGAACAGAAGUUGCAACAGGAAAAAAUCUGUGUUGAACGGUGAAAGAAAGAGGACAGUCUCAAGGACAGUCAAUCCAAACAAUACCAAUCUGAAUCACAGUCACUUUGAAUAUUGGCCGCCAUCUGAACAACACUGAAGUAAAUAAAUCACAGGGGUUGUUUACUGUUGACUAAAAGUUUCCGAAAAAUCCGGCUGGAAAGUGCAUGGAACAUGACUCUUUGGGUCUUUCCAGCGGAAAAUUUUCAGGAGCAACGGAACAUUUGCAAAGGUAGUCGUGUUUUCCUGGGGGAAAUAGAGCGAUUUUCGUAUGACCUUGAAAUGAAAACGCGCGAACAAAACAGAAACAACAAACGAACGGAAAUAGAGCGAUUUGAUUGGUUUAUCGAACGGAUACAAACGCGCGUGGCUUUUGGUUGGUUAAGCGAACGCUCAGGUGAAAAAACUUCAUGACUGAGAACUUUCUAGAAAUCAAUCGAUACUUCGCUUUGACGUCAUACUGCAACACAAUUGGCCAAUCGAACAAUGCCUUCUCCAUAUUAGGGUUUUCUUUGGCGGGAAAACGAAGAGUCCAUGUUUUGAUCUUUUCAUCCAUUGGCUGAUAAAACAAAUAACGAACACUUACCGAAACCAUUUUUUAAGGUCAUACUAAAAUCGCUCCAUUCCAAACGGAAGUUUGUGUUCCAUUUCUUCAAAGCCAUCGUUGAUACCAGUUCCAGGCAGUUUCAGUAAAUGGUUCGACUGGUAUGUACAAACGGUCAACGCGAUUCCGAGGCAAAUUUUACCAGUCUUGAAUUUUGCGUACCGUUUGCCCUAGCCGAGGAUCGACUGGUUUGAACUUUCUUGUUAACGACUGAGCUUAUUUGUUUGUUUGUUUGUUUUUUUUUGCAGAUGUGGUUCAGAAGGACCUCAAGUCAACACUCAGAAUACUUUACUCGUUGUUCCAAAAGUACAAAAAUAUGAAAUAACUUCUCAGUUGGAUUUCCUCUUAUGUGUAGGCUGGUGGAACUCCCACAGUGUAUGA